CUUACGGUGCUAUGAGAGCAUUGGAGCAUUUAUCCUUAUUCUCUUACCUCCCUCUUUAUUUCUUUUUCUUUUCGCUUGUCGCGGACGGCCAAAAACUCAGUGUUAUAAGAGGCAUCAAUGCCAGCUAGGGUGUGAAGAAGAAAUUAUAGUAAGGGUUACAUCCGAAGCUCUAUCAGCCUUCUUAGCUCGAAGCAUGGCUAUCAAGUUGAAGCUGUUGAUUGACAAGGAGAAAAAUCGAGUGGUGCUUGCCGAAUCCGACAACUACUUUGUUGAUACCCUCUUCAGCUUCUUGACAAUACCAAUAGGUGGUGUAGUUCGACUCAGCGGCGGGAAAUCCAAUAUUGGAUGCAUGGAUGCAUUGCAAGAGAGUGUAAAGAAUCUCGAUUCUCGGUUUCUACAGACACAGGCUGUGAGGGAGAUGUUGCUCUGCCCGAGAAGAGCGUGUGAAGCUCGAACCAAGGAUCUAGCACUAAAUGUCUAUUCGGAGCUUACAAGGAAUUAUGUAUGUACAGUAAAUUGCGCAAUAUUCCACCCUUUGAUCAGUACUGUUAAGAAUGUCCGAUGUCGCUGCGGAAGAGUGAUGGGUACAGAGGUAGUUGUUAAUAAGCCAAAUCCGGUUACGAACGGUAUCAAUGAGGGGGUCUUUGUGAAGAGGACAAUGAAGUUCAUGAUAGGCGAUGAUCUACAGGUAGGCCCCAUUUCCACGAUGACCUGCAUGGCACUACUUGACAAGCUUGGAGUGAGAGACAGGGCGGCUCUAGAGGAGAAGAGUGUGGAUGUGGGUGCCGAUGAGGCAUUGCAUAUACUGAGACGAUUGUUGGUCUCCAACACACCUUUGACGGACGUCUUUCUACCGAAGCCAGAGGCUGUUGAGGAUGCUUUUCAUGCCCUAAAGUUGAGCGACGAAGACAUAGCCAUAGAUAAGAAUGGCACGGGCAAGACGAUGAGCUUGAAGCUUCUGAUCAGCAAAUCCAAGAACAGAGUAUUGUAUGCAGAGGCCACAGAGGACUUCUUAGACCUUCUGUUCAGCUUCCUCUCCUUCCCUCUUGGAGCCAUUGUAAAUCUCUUGAGGCCAGGUUCUUCCAUUGGAUGUUUGGAUAACUUGUACAAGAGCGUGGAAGAUUUAAGCGGUGACGACAAUUGUAUCAUAUCCGAAGAAUGCAGAGCCAUGCUACUUGACCCCAAGCUAGCGCUCCACUCGGGGUGCGACAACCAGCUACUGCCAGUCGUAGAGGUGGAACCCAAUACAUUCGACCUUUCUAGUUUUAAAAAGACCCUACGAUUUCAUUUCAUAAAUCCGAAGUUGAGUGAUGCAGCCACAGGGUCUGGAGGAAGAUUUGUGAAGGGACCGGAGAUCAUGUUUAUGGUAACGGAUGGGUUGGAUGUGGAGCCUUUAUCGUUUAUUUCAGGCAUUUCCAUCCUAUACAGAUUCCAGGUGCCCAUCAGCGAUGUGCAGGAGCGAGUAGUAAGUGUAGGCCAGGAUCAGGCUCUCUCUCUACUGAAGGCUGCUUUGUGCUCCAGAACAGUUCUUAGUGAUGUCUUCUGUGGGAAGAAAGUAGAUCAAUCUCAAAUUAAAUUGGAAGGUGAUCAAUGACAAUAUCAAUUAGAUGGUUAGGAUAUACUUAUAUUGAACCAUGCCCUACUUACUAUAAGCAUAUUGGCUCUCUUUCGCCGUUUUACAAACUUUGAUUUGUAACUGAUUGAUGGGUGUUUGAAGCUUGGUAUUUAGGGAACACUUGCCAA